AUGGCUAUUGAAGCGACAGCUGGAACUGGCGGUGGCGGAGGGGGACUUGAGGACGAGCAAUUCUACGAGUCUGCUGACCGCAUUGCUUCCUCAUCUUGCCCUUGCUCUACUUCUCAUUCGGAGUCCGAUCUGGAACUUCUUCACAACAGUUGCAGUUCGAAUUCAAAUUCCAGGUCCCCUUCUCCUGCUCUUGACCCUAAAUUGAACAUCUCCAACUAUGACAUGUGGGCUUCAGAACCUGGCCCCGUCUCUGAGCGACGUCAGCGUCUCCUUCGUCAAAUGGGCCUGUCCUCCGACAUUUCCUUCUUCCGCUCUCAGCAACCUAAUAAAGAUGUCAACUUCAUAAGUUCCGUCUCCUGCGAUUUUUUAACACCCCAGAGGUUGUUGGGUCCCAGGGAUGAUGGGGUAACCAGAUCAAAAUCUGAUGGUCCUUCUGGCGGUAGUAGUGACAAGUACAAUGACGACUAUGAUUCUUGUUCUUCAUCCUCUUCUUUCCCUUGGGUGCUUGUUUAUUCGCCCUCAAUUCUUUAUGACGAUUCAAUUAAUGUACAUAGAUGCAACUGCAACGGCAACGGCAACAGCAAAAGACAAGUGGCCGACAACAAGAAUAGUAUAAAGAAGAAUGGCUAUGUUGUUGGUGGCAUAGAACGCGCCAAUCUUCCUUCGCUACAAUCUUCAGCUACUAUUUGUGUUGUUUCCCCCAAUACCCCUUCAUGUGAACAUGGUAGGAUCGUUGAUCGGGGUAGGGUUCGGUCAAAUAGUAACGGGUUUGUGGAGGGAUUGGAAAGUAAUGUGAAGGAUAACGGAUCUGGGGAACUAGCUGACGUCUGUACAAUUAAGAAUCUGGAUACUGGGAAACAGUUUGUUGUUGAUGAAAUCAAGGAAGACGGGAUGUGGAACAAGUUAAAAGAAGUUGGGACAGGGAGGCAGCUGACGAUGGAGGAGUUCGAAAUGACUCUGGGUCGUUCACCGAUCGUGCAAGAACUCAUGAAAAGACAAAAUGGUGUAGCUGGUACAAGGGAAAAUCAUGAUUCUGACCCUGUUGGAGGUACUGAAACUGGACGGUUGGAUUUGAAAAAGAAAACUAGCUGGCUGCGAAGUAUCAGAAGUAUCGCGAAGAGUAUUAAAGGUCAUAAAGAGAGAAUGAAUGAUGAAAGGGAUGCACGUUCUGAGAGAGGAGGUAGGAGGUCAAGUUCAGGUAACGAUGAGAGCUUGGAUGUAUUUCAGGGCCCCAAGAAAGUGCGAGUAAAGCAAUAUGGCAAAUCAUAUAAAGAUUUGACUGCCCUUUAUAAGACUCAGGAGAUUCAGGCGCAUAGUGGCUCUGUUUGGUCCAUUAAGUUUAGUUUGGACGGUAGGUAUUUGGCAAGUGCAGGGGAGGAUUGUCUAGUCCAUGUUAGGCAGGUCGUGGAAACCGUGAAGAAAGGAGAGUCUGUGCUGGGAAAGUCGGAGGUUAGGAGCCUUAAUUGGCUCAUCGCCGUAAAUGGGUCUCCUGAACCUAUAUUCCUGUCAUCAUCUGCUGAUGGUGACGCAGUUAGAAGAGGGCGGUCAUCUAUAAGCAGGAAAUCUUUGAGCUUAGAGCACAUUGUUCGGCCGGAAACUGUGUUUGCACUUACAGAUAAACCUAUUUGCUCAUUUGAAGGGCAUCUUGCUGACGUGCUUGACUUGUCCUGGUCCAAGUCUCAGCUCCUCCUGUCUUCCUCAAUGGACAAAACAGUGCGCUUGUGGCACUUGUCUAGUAAAACUUGUUUGAAGAUAUUCUCACACAGGGAUUAUGUCACCUGCAUACAGUUCAACCCUGUCGAUGACAGAUUCUUCCUUAGUGGCUCCCUAGAUGGAAAGGUUCGCAUAUGGAGCAUUCCUGAUGGUCAAGUUGUUGAUUGGAAUGAUUUACAUGAGAUGAUCACAGCUGCUUGCUAUACUCCAGAUGGCCAGGGUGCACUAGUUGGCUCAUACAAGGGAAGUUGCCGGCUUUACAGCACAGCAGAGAAUAAGCUGCAGCAGAAGUGCGAAAUCAAUCUAGAGAAGAAAAGGAAGAAAUCUAAUUAUAAGAAAAUUACUGGGUUUCAGUUUGUCCCAGGAAGCUCGUCUGAAGUGCUUGUCACCUCAGCGGAUUCUCGGAUACGAGUCAUUGAUCACAUUGAUUUGGUGCACAAGUUCAAAGGGUUUCGUAACACAAACAGCCACUUCACAGCUUCCCUCACAUCAAAUGCAAAAUUUGUUGUCUCGGCAAGUGAAGGCUCCAAUGUGUAUAUAUGGAAGCAUGAGGCUAAUUGGCGUUUGACGAGAGACAAAGUUGUUACAGUUACACAAUCAUAUGAGCAUUUCCGUUGCCAAGACGUAUCCGCAGCCAUUCCUUGGCUAGGAACUAGUUGCACUGGGGCAGUUCCUGAGACUUGUUCUGGUUUCCGAUAUGGUCAGGACAACCAUCUUGAUGAAGUCUCCAUCACCAACCAUCCACUUAUACCCUUUCAGGAAGUUCUUACGGGCGACCUUUCUCCAUCCUUAUCAGGUUGCACGAACAGGCCGCAUAACCAAAUCAUUUCUGGCCCAGCCAGCGGUCGAAUUUACGAGAGAAUUUCAGCAACAUGUCCCCAGGAAAAACUUAAUUUAGAUGCUGGAACACGUAGACCUCAAACUACUAGUCAUGUCACAGAUGAGUUCACAAACCAACGUAUGUCAGCUUAUGGUAUGGUGAUUGUCACCGCUGGUCUCCGAGGUCAGAUUAAUGCCUACCAAAAUUUUGGUUUACCAGUUCCAACCUAA